AUGGGCUCCUCAGGUCUUUCCAGUGGAACUUUGAUGUUGGGCUGGAUGGUCAAAGAUCCUGACAUGGACUCUGCUUCUAGACCUCCUGGUGACUUUCUCUCCCAAACUUCUGAAGCUCCCAAGGUCAUAGCCACCUCUAAUAUCCUUCAUCUAAACAUAACAGGGGCCUUUGCAACAACAAGGAAACCUGGUAUUCCCUCUAGUCGCAGGCGUGGCCUCUCCUCCCCCACAUCUUUCCAGGUAGCACCGUGGGCAGAGGUGGCGCCGUGGUCUCCUUGCCGUUUCUGCUGUGGUGUCUGGGAGCUCUGUUCCUGGAAACAAGGUCUGGUGUGGGGCCCUGGAAUAGAAGCGAGGGUCGUUCUUCCAGUCAGGUAUUUUUAUCUCCAAGUUGUCAACUCUGCCGAGAGGAGGGAAUGCGAGGGAAGAGAACUCACGCGUUCACCCGCAGGACAAAAACCAUUCAGGGUUGGAAUCAGACCACUUUUACCACAAGAGUUAGUUCACAUUCAUAUCCCUAACCCUUUGGACAGAAACAAUGGCUCAUUUCAGAUAAGGUACUAGAUAUAUGGUAGUGUCAAAGAAGGGCUAAAGAUAAAUGUACUUUAUGGUGAAGAGCAUGCGUCUCGGUCUCCAUACAUUUUGAAAGCUAUGCUUCAAUCCAGCAAGCCUGAAAUCUACCAUGGAGUAGAGUUUAUUCCUUGGCCAAAUGACAGCACAUCCUCUUGCUACUGCCACAAGAGAAGGCCACUGAAGACAGAGCUUUAA